AUGCCGACUAUUACAGAAAGAGGAAAGAACACAGACAAAGUCAGGGAAAUAGCAUCAAGCUUUUUUCAUAAGAUUGCGGAUUCGUUGGGGCCCCAGAAAGACGAUAAACCACCUUUGACUCCACCAAGGCCAUCGCAAUCUAGUAACUGGAAGCCCAGUCAAAGUCACACACCGCAAGACAACCUUGUGUCGAGUUUCAAUGACCUGUCUAUCUCUAACGGUACCAGCCAUGCUCCAACUUCACCUUUCGUUGGUGGGUUCAAUCCUACUUUUCCCGGAGUUCAAGGGAGUCCGUAUGCUGCCACCAGUCCCUCUCAGCAUGCAAAUGCAGUCUCCACGCCGAACUUCACGUCUACAGUGAUGAUGCCUGUACCACACUCCGAUUAUCCGCAAUCAUUAACAAUGCAGAUGGCUCUUCGCCCAGAGACAGGUUCCCCAAUCACUCGCCCUCAUUCAACUCCUUUCCCUUCCGGAGAUGCUUCUUCAAACCCUCCAUCUAUAUCUUCUAGACCACCUGCCAGGCCAUCAGCUUCUGGAAGGAAGGCUAGUGAAUCGGACGCAUCAAGUACUUCUUCUACAUCGUCGCAAAAGUCGGGGCAACAGCAAUGUGCAGCUACGACUAAAAAGUCUAACACACGUUGUACUCGAAUGGUUAAGGUUAAACCUUACGCAUACGUGUCGGACGAUGGUGAUGAGGUUGAGAGGUUUUGUUACCAACACCAAAAAGACGUACUGGCUCCUACAGGUUGUCAUAGGCCACAUGGAGAUGCGAUUGUGUUUGUGGAAUUUAAAGAUUGGAUACCUUCUUACUUACAGCCAGAUACUCAGGCAUCGCUGCGCGCUGAAAUGGAUAGGGCAAGGACCAAAUCUGAUGGUCCCGGAUACAUAUAUACCUUCGAAAUCAAAGAAGAUAACAACAAGGAGACUAUCAAAUUGAAAGUCGGUCGUACGGUAAAUUUGGCAAAACGUAUGGAUCAAUGGGGUAAGCAAUGUGGAUCAAAGGAGCAGUUUCUACGAGGAUUCUAUCCAGGAACUGUAGACGAAGAUGGACAGCCUGUAAUUGGAAGUCUUAUGAAGGGCAGAACCAAAGCAGGAGAGAAAACCCCCUAUUGCCAUCGUCUCGAGCGUCUGAUUCACAUUGAACUCACAGACCUAGUAUCAUCCUCCAUAUAUCUCGACCCGUCGUGGCCGAACAUCGAAAUUGAAUCACCUUCAACAACAGGUGACAGCAAAUCUAGCUCAAAAAAGACCAAGAAUGCUUCACCGCCAUGUCCCGACUGCGGAACAAUGCAUAAGGAAAUUUUUGAAUUUACAAGGUGGAGGAAAGGGCCAAACCGCGGUAAGGAAUGGGAAAAAUUGGUGAAGCCUGUUGUAGAACGUUGGGGUAAAUAUGUUGAGCUAUAUGUAUAA